UAUCUACCUAUCCAGUUACAUACUUUAUGUGGAACGGAUUGCAGCUGCCGAUUGUUCGUAUUCGUUUCUCUUAUUUCUUCUAAGAGAGAGAUAAAUAUAGUGGACAAGUUUAUAAUUAGUGUAUUAAUUUUGAUUUCGUGUACCUUACUUAUUUUUUUUCCUGUUACCUACUUUCUGGUGUGUUUAAGAGUGAGCGGCAUAUAAAUAGAAGUAAGGAGUGACAAUUGAUGAGUUUUUCAAAAUUCAGGCAAACCAGUAUUAUUCCCGAUCAGAAUUUGGCGCGGCUUUUCGAACAUAUACAAACGCACUAGAAGUUUCUCCAUCUAGAAUUGAUCUUCUAUCGAAUCGUGCCGCUGCAUCGAUUCAACUUGGAUUUUGGGACAGGGCUCUCCAAGACACGGAACUAGUCCUGCAAACAAACCCAACCCAUAAGAAAUGUCUCUAUCGUAAAAUCAAGGCUUUGUGGGGUCUCAAUCGAUAUAAGGAUGCUUUCAACUUCUUGAAGGAAAACGAGUCCCAUGUGGAAGGAAUUGACUUGGAUCAGGCCACAAAACUCGUGCAACAGUCCUUGGGCCAUUACGACAUUGCCGAGAUGUACACCCUGGAUCGAGAAAAACGGCACGACAUCGCCGAGUACUUCGGACCUGUUGAAAUAAAACGAAUUUCAGGAAAGGGACGCGGACUAGUGGUCAAGGAAAAAAUAAAUAUGGGACAGUUAAUUAUGUGCUCAAAGGCUUUUGAGAUAGCAUUUGACCAAGACACGAUACAUUUCCGGGGUCAAAACGAGAUUCCAGAUACGACAGAAUGGGACAAUUCUAACACUUGCGAAGGUCGUGUUUUUGAAAAGCUCAAAAUGGAUGCAUCCCUCCGGCCACAAAUUCAAAAGCUGUACUCAGGAGAUGAUACCGAUAGUCAGAGCAAACCUUGGAAAACAGAUGACGAUCUAACGAAAGGCCUACAUUCUGUCAUGAAAUUUAACUCCUUCCGUUGUGAGGAGAAUUUGAGCGCUUCGACAGCCGGAGGUAAAAACCUUUGUGCUCUAUGGAUCCUGCCAUCCUAUUUUAAUCACAGCUGUAUUGACAGCAACGCAUACUAUCAGCUGUUCGGAGACAUGAUGUUUGUUCGAGCCGUGAAGAAAAUUCGAGAAGGUGAAGAAGUGACCAUCACCUACUGGCCAGUGAACCAUCCAGCACGAAGAGAAGUAAUAGCAGCACGAAACUUCAUGUGUGAGUGUCGUCUGUGUCAGCUGGAACGAAAAGACGAGGAAGAGGGAUCUCCAGUUCCCGCCAAAAUAUCGAACCUGCUCAAACUUAUACGACAGAAUUUCAACAGUGGAAAUCCAAACCUAGACAUAAGUUUGGAAUGUGUCCGUAAAAUCGCGGCUCUACGACCCGAGCUGCAACGGGAUUUAAACGUGGCGCUUCUCUCCCCUGAAGUUGACGCUCUCCUGAAACUCACAAGGAUUUGUGAGAAAUCUAUCUUCAUCCUGGAAGCAAUGCACUCCGUCUGUGCCAACAAUGCCUUAGUUUUCAGCUCUCCGUUCCAAUCUCAAAACCUAGCCCGUUGUUAUACAGGGGAGAAGGAUGCCGCGAAUGUCCGAAAGUGGUGGCGAGUGUUCAAAAGAGAUGUUUUGGCCGCACACGGGGACUUUACUCAAGGGGUAAAAAUAAACGAGCUAGGUUUGCAUGCAGAUGAGAUUGAAUUUUAUGAGAAAUUGGAGGCUGACCCGAAUGCAAAACUAGCCUCGAUAAGCUAAAGCUACUCCAUAGAGUUUAAAACUUAACAUAACCUUUAUGUAGAAUUGUCGCAAUUUCAGAUGUACAAAAUUUUAGGAACAUAGUUCAAGAUAUACCCAUUGACCAUGAAUGCCCCUCGUCCAUACCCAGAGAAAUACGUCUUGAAAUAUCCCAAAUUCAUUUUGAUACGUUUUUUUGCAAUAUUUUAAUUUUCGCAUAUAUUAGGCAUAGAUACGAUUUAUAUGACUGCUUAUAUAUAUAUAUAUUUAAUCUCCAUCACAAUUCCCUUGUCAACUAACAGCGAUAAUAACUCUGUAAUGUGACCAUAACAAUUUUCGAAUUCUUAAUUUGGUAAGAAAUCAAUUGGAAAUUGCUAAAGAUUUUUUUCACGUCGCAAAGAAAUCUUUUGACGUUACUAAGGAAUUUUUUAACGUUGCUAAGGAUUUAUUUCCCGUUGCAAAUGGAUUUUUGAAACAUUGGGAAGGUAUUUUUGAAUCAUUGCCAAAGAUUUUUUUGCGUGAUAAGGAUUUUUUUAAGGAUGAAAUUUUUUUGCGGUUGAUAAGGAAUUUUUUUAACGUUGUAAAGGGAUCAUAAUCCUAUAUAUAUAUACGGAUUAAUAUAUAUUAAUCCGUCCAAGUAUUUUCUGCUCAUGGGUGGUUUGGCCGUUUUAUCCUUGUAUAAAUAAACUAUAUACCAAGAAUUUUGUUCUUUAGGUAGGCUAUUUUUCUAUUGGGACGUACAGUGUGCUGUUGGCAGAGUUGUUCCAAAUAAACCAAAAUCAUAAAUAAUAAAUAACUAAA